AUGGGUGCCUUAGUGACUAAAGCUUUGAGACCUAUUAAAACCUUUAACAUUGAAAAUCGCGCUCAUCGUGAGAUUGCUAAAGCAAAACCAACUCCGGCUCCAAGAUAUCCUGAAAAUAUAGCAGAUUUGCAACGUACAUUGGAAGCGGAUCCUAAUAUAGAUGAAAAACUCGAUAGAAAAGAUGAAGAGCUCGAUAAAAGAUUAAAAGACGUUUAUGUAACCUCAUUUGGAAGGCCUGAGGAUGAUGUUACGCGUGAAAAGCAGACUAAGCAUAAGAGUUUGCGACCUUUGCCACAGGAUCGCAAAAUGCCUGAACAAUACGACUUUGGUUUCAAGGAGCCAGAGAGAAUACCGUAUGGGCGAACUACUCUGAGAGCUGCCAUAAACUUUAUAGCAUCUCACCAAGCGAAUCCCGAGGAAGUGACGCCCGCUAAGAUAGCUCUAGAGUAUAAACUAAAGGAGGAGGAUGUUCACAGUAUACUUAAGUAUUUCAAGACUUAUGAGGUUUACGUACCAGAGACUAAGACAUCACCAGCCAUGUUUGCUGGACCGGCCCAAAUGAGGAAACAGUUGUACAAACUCGAUACUAAGGAAUUAGAAGAUAAUAAAUCAAAGGAAGAUGCCUCCACUACUCAAGAAAAUGUGAAAGCUAAGGAUGCAGUCUAG